GCGGGAGAAGAUAGGGUUUGUCUUUGUAUCUUGUAUGACAACCUAGUGGUUUAGCACCGAUUGAGACACAUUUUUAGCCUCGAGUGUUGAUUUGUCUAUUAUUAUUAUUAACUUGAGUUACUUUGCAGGUAGUUGCUGCGUGUUAUUAGCACAAUCAGUUUGUUGGUUGCACAAGCGACCAAGGAGUGCAUUAAGACCGUGAGCUUGGUAACAACACAGACCUGGCAAACUUUUUGGAAGGCCCUGGGCUGUCUUUAUGUUCGAAACCACUGUACAGCUAGCUUCGUGGCUAAUAUGGCAACUAUUUGUCACUCUCGGCGUGUUUUGGUUGAAAUCCCUGCCCCACAGCCGAAAAUUUCAGCUCGAAUGAGAAGGUCCUACCUGGAAAUACUAAGUUCACGCAUGGCUCCAUCGUCACCCACAUCUAGAAACAGAAACAUUACAAGUAAUUCAAAACGUGGGCAAUUAUUGGACCCAGCUAUAUACAGAGCAUGGAAUAGUCGGAGUGAAGACCAUAGUGAGAAAAUGGAGGACAACCAGGCACCCCUCUCCAACCAGCAGCUUGUGCAGCUCAUACGAUCACUAAUCUUAGUAGAACAGGGACAGAGGUCUGAGCCCAGGGCCCCCACUACAGACCUAAAGCUGCUACUUGAGGACCUGCACCUGAAGAAGGCCAAUGUAUACAGGUCUAUACCAUACUCUCGCCUUGGGUCCAACAGAGAUGCACACUGUUACAGAAAGGCAUAUCCACACCUGGUGGUGUUUAAAGUUUCCUGCCAGGAAUGGGGCCAGCUGCUGCUGCAGAAUGAGGAGUGGGAGUCUGUUCUAGAGCACGCCCUAGUGGCGGGGAGGUACACCAGCGAGCUGCCGCAGUGGGAAACCAGCAACCACAACCUGGUGAGGGAGCAGUGUUACAACAUGCUGGCGGCCCAUAGCAUCACAGCUCUACAGCAUUACUGCCCAGAGCCCAGCAAAGCCAGAGAGCUACUCAGGAGGUUUAAAAUAGCUCUGGUUCACAGUCAGUUGUUUUCAUCCUGCGUUCAGGAGCUGGAGAGGAUCCUGGGAGAAGCACAGAUGUCAUCUAUAAACACGCAUUGAAAAGAUACACAGUAAAAGGGCCAACGCUAAGAUGAGUCAACCACAAUCAACGGUGCUUCCAGGUCCACUGGGUUACACCACUGGACCUUUUAUCAGUAGUUUAAUGGACAGUGUGCUGUCCUAACCCUUAACACAAGGGGCUUAUUUCUCAGUAUUUCCCCAAAGUCAAUGCAAGUGUAUGCUGUUUGUAUUUAGGCAGUUUUGUAUGACUUCACUAUUGCCAUUGGAGUACUGAAUGCUGUUGGAAGGACAUUUUGAAAUGGGCCUUCCCUAUAUUAUUUUUAUAUGAUGCUAAUGUGUGAAGUCCGUGGUACUUGAAACUUUUGCCUUUUAAACGUGGCAACUUUUUUGUGAAUGUCUAUUUGUAUGUCCAAAAUAACUGUUUUGCACUGUUAUUUGUUUCCUGGAAACUUGAAAUUCUGAUAAAAUAUAAAUCUAAUUUAAUAUUCUCA